CCUACCCCGCCUCGCAGGCACGCACCCUGUGCAAUCCCUCUCCCUCGGCCAUCCCGCCGCCCUCCGCCUCCCUACCCUCCGCCCGCUCCAAAAAGCCCCCUCCCUUCGGCCGCUCUUCGUGACCCAUUUACCCAUGGUCCCCCCACCGCCAUCGGCCAACACGGCCGUCAACUAUGCCAAAAACGAGUUCGAGGGCAACAUCAUGUCCUCGACCGAGGGCGACCUGAAGGACGACCGCAUGGUUUUCCAUGACAGCCACGACACCUUCCUGGCCGGCUACAACAAGAGCCCGCCCCCGGGUUUGCUCCUGCGCAAGAUCGAGAAGCUCUCGCCACGCGGCCCCGAGGACCUGCCCCUGGACCAGUCCAUCACCGAGGUCGACCUGUCCAACAUCGCCACCCUCGAGUUGUGGAACAAGAUUCGCAAGGACUGCGAGAGUGUCGACACCAGCUCCAUCCAGCGGUCCUUCGUCAACCAUGUCUACUCGACCCUCGCUCGGACCCCGUACAACCUGGACGAGUUCGGCGCCUACCAGGCGGCCGCCCACAGCGUGCGCGAUCAGCUCAUCCACAAGUGGAUCUCCACGCAGCAGCACUUCACCCGGAGCAACCCCAAGCGCGUGUACUACCUGUCCUUGGAGUUCCUCAUGGGUCGGACCAUGCAAAACUGCGUGAUCAACAUGGACAUGGAGGAGGCCUAUUCCAAGGCCCUGCGCGAGAUGGGCCUCGCCUUUGAGACGCUGUACGACCAGGAGACCGACGCGGCGCUCGGCAAUGGCGGCCUCGGCCGGCUGGCCGCCUGCUACAUGGACUCGCUGGCCACGCUGGACUACCCGGCCCUGGGCUACGGGCUCCGAUACACGUAUGGCAUCUUCGAGCAGCGCAUCCGCAAUGGCGAGGACCAGGUCGAGUACCCGGACUACUGGCUGCGCUUCACCAACCCCUGGGAGGUGGCUCGCGUGGAUGUCGCCUACCCGGUGGGCUUCUAUGGCAGUGUGCACAAUGACUCGGCCGGGCGUGCCGGCCAGCCCGGCCAGCCGGCCGCCCGGUGGGAGCCGGCCGAGUUUGUCCAGGCCGUCGCCUAUGAUGUCCCGAUCCCCGGCUACGAUACCGACACGGUGCUGAACAUCCGCCUGUGGUCGAGCAAGCCCCAGCGUCAAUUCGACCUUUCCUCCUUCAAUGACGGUGAGUACGAAAAGUCCGUUGCCGAGAAGCAGCGCGCCGAGAACAUCACCUCGGUUUUGUACCCCAACGACAACACCCCGGCCGGGAAGGAGCUCCGCCUCAAGCAGCAGUACUUCUUCGUGUGCGCCACCCUGCAGGACAUCCUCCGGCGCUUCAGCAAGCUCAACCUCCCCUGGAGCGAGCUCCCCAACAAGGUGGGCAUCCAGCUGAAUGACACCCACCCCUCGCUGGGCAUUGUGGAGCUACAGCGUGUCCUGGUGGACGAGCACGGCCUCGAGUGGGACAUCGCUUGGGCCCUGGUCCAGCGGGUGUAUGCCUACACCAACCACACGGUCCUGCCGGAGGCCCUGGAGUGCUGGCCCGUGUCGCUGAUGGAGCGCCUCCUGCCUCGGCACAUGCGCAUCAUCUUCGACAUCAACCUGUACUUCCUGCGGUCGGUGGAGCAGCGCUUCCCCGGGGACUACGAGCGCCUCCGCCGCAUGAGCAUCAUCGAGGAGGGCCACCAGCAGAUGGUCCGCAUGGCGUACCUGGCGGUGGUUGGGUCGCACACUGUCAACGGUGUGGCGCGCAUCCACUCGGACCUUGUUCGGUCGAAGCUCUUCCGCGACUUUGCCGAGUUCUACGGCGACGACAAGUUCGUCAACAUCACCAACGGCAUCACCCCUCGGCGGUGGCUGCAUGUGGCCAACCCCCAGCUGAGCGCCCUGAUCACCAAGCGCCUGGGCUCCAACCGGUGGCUGAAGGACCUGACCGAGCUGUCCCGGCUCAAGGCCUUCGCCGACGACGAGGACUUCCAGCAGGAGUGGCGCCAGGUGAAGCGCACCCGGAAGGAGUCCCUGGCCGAGUACAUCCAGAAGCAUGUGGACACCGCCGGCGAGGGGCCCGUCAAUUCGGAGGCCCUCUUCGAUGUGCAGGUCAAGCGCAUUCACGAGUACAAGCGCCAGCUGAUGAACAUCCUUGGCGUGGUCCACCGGUACCUGCGCAUCAAGGAGGCGUCGGCCGAGGAACGCCGCGACAUUGUCCCGCGUGUGUUCAUCUUCGGCGGCAAGGCCGCCCCGGGAUACCACACCGCCAAGCUGAUCAUCAAGCUGAUCAACCGCGUGAAGAACGUCAUCAACGCCGAUCCGGACGCCGAGCUCCGGAAGCUCAUCCGCGUGGUGUACAUCCCGAAUUACAGCGUCACCCUGGCCGAGCGCAUCAUCCCGGCCAGCGACAUCUCCGAGCACAUCAGCACCGCCGGCACUGAGGCCAGCGGGACCAGCAACAUGAAGUUCGUCCUGAACGGCGGCCUGCUGAUUGGCACCCGCGAUGGGGCCAAUGUCGAAAUCGCCGAGCACAUCGGCGGCUGGGAUCUGGCCUUCGAGUUCGGCGCCAAGGCCGAGGAGGUCGAUGACCUGCGCAACAAGGUCCGCUACCUCCGGCCGGAAAUCCACCCGGCCUUCCGCCGUGUGGUGGAGGCCAUCAAGUCCGGGCAGUUCGGCGACAGCUCCCCCUUCGUCAACAUGCUGGAUCGCUUGGUGUCCGAUGGCGACUACUACCUGAUCACGGUGGACUUCCCGUCAUAUCCCGAGGCCCAGGAGCGCGUUGAUGCCGCGUACAAGGACCAGAAGAAGUGGACCCGCAUGUCCAUCGAGAACUGCGCCGGCAUGGGCUUCUUCAGCGCCGACCGCUCUGUCCAGGACUAUGCCAAGAAGAUUUGGGGCAUCAACCCCUGUCCGCCGCCGCCGAGCAAGUAAUUUUUUUCGGCGAAAAAGACCUCCAGCCAUGUGCUGUGCCCUCGCAGGACGCCUUCCCGAGAAGAGGGAGCCCCACUUCCCUGCUUCUAUAUCUCCCCCUGGGGGGGCGGAUAGUGGGAGCAGCCUCCCCUUUUGUCAUGACGGGGGGGGGGAGAGGG